AUGGGAGAUAUGAAGACUCCAGACUUUGAUGACCUGCUUGCAGCUUUUGACAUACCAGAUAUGGUUGACCCAAAAGCUGCUAUUGAGUCUGGGCAUGAUGAUCAUGAUAGCCACAUAAAGCAAAACGUCCAUCCUGAUGAUGAUUCCCAUGCACCAUCAUCAUCUGACGUUGGUGUAAGUGUCAUUGUGAAAAAUGUGCGGACAAUUGACUCCUCUGAAGGAGUGGAGAAAGACAGCCACCAUUCCACGGGCAAUGGGUUGCACAAUGGUUUCUUAACAGUGUCAGCUCUAGAAGGUUAUAAUAAAGAGGAAGACAAAUCACUCAAAGAUGAGGGCUCAGUCUCAGAAAAUACACUGAAAGAGUCUGCCUUUAACCAAUUUAGUCCUAUCUCAAGUGCUGAAGAGUUCGAUGAUGAUGAAAAAAUUGAGGUUGAUGAUCCCCCAGAUAAAGAAGAUCUGCGUGGAAACUUCAGAACAAAUGUAUUAACAAGGUCUGUAUCCCAACAGGACUAUGAGAAGUUAAAAGUACUUGGAGGAGAAAACUUGAUUAAACACGGAGUCGCAGGUUCAGGUAAUUCUGAUAAAACCAAGGUUGCUAAAAGAGACUCAGAAACCAACCCAUCGCCUUUAGGUCUAUAUGAACCCUUUAAAGCUAGAAAGAUAGAUGAGAAGCUGCUUAAGGAAAAUUCCGAAAAACUACUUGAAAACAGAGUAGCUGAUGGGAAAAUAAAUACAGAGAAAGGAGUAGCAAACCUUACCAGUCAUUCACAGGCUAAAGCAAAAUCAUCAGCAAAACUCUCUUCCUGUAUUGCUGCCAUUGCAGCUCUUAGUGCUAAGAAAGCAGCAACGGACAGCGGAAAAGACCAGCAGUCCAGUUCAAGGGAGCCUUCUCCCUUGCACAAGGAGACCAAUGAAAGCCCCCGCACCACUGACAAAUCCCCUGAACCCCAGAGUCUUAUUGACUGUGCAAAGAAGCCCUCUGUCAAACAGCCUGAUAGUCCCAGGAGCAUAUCAAGUGAGAACAGCAGCAAAGGUUCUCCACCAUCCCCUGCAGGCUCAACACCAGCAAUUCCAAAGGUGCGCAUCAAAACCAUCAAGACGUCCUCAGGGGAAAUCAAGAGAACGGUGACACGUGUGUUGCCUGAGGUCGAUUUGGACAGUGCUAGGAAACCGGAGCCAACAGCCUCCGUGGUGGCUUCUGUGACAUCACUGCUAUCUUCCCCAACUUCUGCUGCAGUUCUUUCUUCUCCGCCUAGGGCAGCUCUACAAUCAACGGUUGUCACCAAUGCUGUGGCUUCUGCAGAACUCACUCCCAAACAAGUCACUAUUAAGCCUGUUGCAACUGCUUUUCUUCCUGUAUCGGCUGUGAAGACGGCAGGAUCGCAGGUGAUCAAUCUGAAACUUGCAAACAACACUACGGUGAAAGCCACCGUCAUAUCUGCUGCUUCGGUGCAAAGUGCCAGCAGUGCCAUCAUCAAAGCUGCCAACGCUAUACAGCAGCAAACGGUGGUGGUGCCCGCCUCAAGCCUUGCCAGUGCAAAACUUGUGCCAAAGACAGUCCAUCUUGCCAACCUUAAUCUACUGCCUCAAAGUGCUCAGACCACCUCUGAACUCCGCCAAGUGCUCACUAAACCUCAGCAACAGAUCAAGCAGGCAAUAAUUUCUGCAGCAGCUUCCCAGCCUUCGAAAAAAGUGUCUCGGGUUCAGGUGGUGUCCUCUUUGCAGAGCUCUGUCGUCGAAGCUUUCAACAAGGUGCUCAGCAGUGUUAACCCCGUCCCAGUUUACAUCCCAAAUCUCAGUCCUCCUGUAAACGCAGGCAUCACUUUACCCACGCGUGGUUAUAAAUGCUUGGAAUGUGGUGACUCAUUUGCCCUUGAAAAGAGUCUGACGCAACACUACGAUAGGAGGAGUGUGCGGAUCGAAGUCACAUGCAACCACUGCACGAAAAACCUUGUUUUCUAUAACAAAUGCAGCCUUCUUUCUCAUGCUCGUGGUCAUAAAGAGAAAGGGGUGGUAAUGCAGUGUUCUCAUUUGAUUCUGAAACCAGUUCCAGCAGAUCAGAUGAUAGCUUCUCCCACAGGCAAUAGUUCCGUUACGUCCUCCAUUCUUCAAAAUCCCACCGGAGUGGGCACCCAUACAAUCACAAAGAUACAGUCGGGCAUAACUGGGACAGUCAUAUCAGCGCCUGCAAGUACUCCUGUUCCGCCAGCCAUGCCGCUAGACGAAGACUCCUCGAAGCUGUGCAGGCAUAGUCUGAAGUGUUUGGAAUGUAAUGAGGUUUUGCAAGAUGAAACAUCCCUAGCCACACACUUCCAGCAGGCUGCAGACUCAAGUGGACAAAAGACCUGCGGUAUCUGCCAGAUGUUGCUUCCAAAUUUGUGCAGUUUUGCAUCACAUCAGAGGAUUCAUCAGCAUAAAUCUCCAUAUACAUGCCCUGAAUGUGGAGCCAUUUGCAGAUCAGUCCACUUCCAAACUCAUGUCACAAAGAACUGCCUGCAUUAUACAAGAAGAGUCGGAUUCCGCUGUGUCCACUGCAAUGUGGUAUAUUCCGAUGUGGCUGCGCUCAAGUCCCAUAUUCAAGGUUCUCAUUGUGAAGUCUUCUACAAGUGUCCUAUUUGCCCAAUGGCAUUCAAAUCGGCACCCAGCACACAUUCCCAUGCCUAUACACAACAUCCUGGAAUCAAGAUAGGAGAGCCUAAAAUAAUAUACAAAUGUUCCAUGUGCGACACAGUGUUUACCCUGCAGCCAUUGCUGUAUCGUCACUUUGACCAGCACAUUGAAAACCAGAAAGUAUCUGUCUUCAAGUGUCCAGACUGCUCACUUUUGUAUGCACAGAAGCAACUCAUGAUGGAUCAUAUCAAGUCUAUGCAUGGAACAUUGAAAAGUGUUGAAGGACCACCAAAUCUCGGUAUCAAUUUGCCUCUAAGUACAAAGCCUACCAUCCAGAACUCAGUCAGUCACAAUAAAGAAGACUCAAAAUCCAUCAAUGGGACAGAAAAGGCAGAGAAGAAUUCCCCCUCCUCUGUGAAGAAAGCAGAGCCCAAAAAAGUAUCUAAUCCUGGCUGGACAUGUUGGGAAUGUGAUCGGCUGUUUACUCAGAGAGAUGUUUACAUAUCCCACAUGAGGAAAGAGCAUGGAAAACAAAUGAAGAAACAUCCUUGUCGACAAUGUGACAAAUCAUUCAGUUCAUCACACAGUCUUUGCCGUCACAAUCGUAUCAAGCACAAAGGCAUCAGGAAAGUUUACACCUGCUCGCACUGCCCAGAUUCCAGAAGAACUUUUACUAAACGAUUAAUGCUAGAAAAACAUAUUCAGCUGAUGCAUGGCAUUAAAGAACCUGAUGUGAAAGAAAUGGCAGAAUCAACUAACAUGGGAGAAAGUACAGUCAAGGAAGACACGAAGGUUCCCAGUCCAAAGCGUAAAUUAGAGGAGCCAGUCCUGGAAUUCAGGCCCCCUCGAGGGGCCAUCACUCAGCCGCUGAAGAAGUUGAAAAUCAAUGUUUUUAAAGUUCACAAAUGCGCCGUCUGUGGCUUCACAACAGAGAACCUGCUUCAGUUCCACGAACAUAUUCCCCAGCACAAAUCUGAUGGCUCCUCCUAUCAAUGCAGGGAAUGCGGUCUUUGUUAUACAUCCCAUGUCUCUUUGUCUAGGCAUCUCUUCAUUGUACAUAAGCUGAAGGAACCUCAGCCCGUUUCAAAACAGAAUGGCUCUGGAGAAGACAGUCAGCAGGAGAACAAGCCCAGCCGUGAGGAGGAAUCAACUGAUCGAUCCACAUCCGACAGGAAAUGCAAAGUGUGCGCAAAGACCUUUGAAACUGAAGCUGCCUUAAACACCCACAUGAGGACACAUGGGAUGGCCUUUAUUAAAUCUAAACGAAUGAGUUCAGCUGAAAAAUGACCUGCUCCCUUCUUUCGUCCCAUAAGCAUCUUCCAAAAGCAAAAAAGAAAGAAAGAAAAAAUCAGCCUUUCUACUUCAGAAUGGAGUUGACUUUUCUUUGGGGGGGUUAAAAGAUUUACCGCACUGUAGAUUUAACAAUUCUCUCCCAGGCUGUUGCAAUAGAUUCUACUCUAUUCUGUAUUUCAAUUUAUCUUCCUCACCUCAUAUCACUAUAGAGAUAGAUAGAUAGUCAUUCAUUCAUUCCCCUGAAAGACAGCAUUAAAAAGCAGUAUUUGAGUCUAAAAGAAUUUGUAUGUAUUUAAACAAAGAAAUUUUAUAGUCUUUGUUACAUGUUUGUAUUUGUAUUUAGUGGGAAUUGUUUUCUUUUUUGUCUGUCUUUCUUGCUUAUGUCUUUUCUAACAGCUGGUUUGUUUCAAAGCAGAAUUCUUAAAAGUUGGAGCAAUACUUUAGAUUUAUUAAGCUGCAUCAGAUGUGAUCCUUUUAUGAGAUUACAUGAGCAGCAUGGGAAAAAUUCCCCUGUAUUUCUUUUGCAUACAUCCUGGGAAGAAGAACCCCAGUGAAACAGUUCCUUCCCCACUAGCAUCACCCCUCCAGGAAACUAGGGUCAUGUUGACACAGGAAAAGAUGAAGCAUGGGGUGCAUUCAUGUGUCCUUGGACUCUAUUUAACCAGAAAUGUCUGAUAUUGCCAAAAUUGUGCUGGACAUUUCUGAAUUAAAAGUCAAAAGAAUUGUAUCUGAGCAGUGUUGGAAGAGAAGGGUUUUAAAAACUCAAAUGAAAGGCAGAUAUGUUCUUUUGUUGUGACUAAAUGAUCAUUUGUAGUUGGACCCCCAAAUGAUUAGCCCAUUUCCUAAUUCUUAUGACUAGGAGGAUUAAGGGUCAUUUUAAUAUGAUCUCUUGCUAAAACCUUUCAGGUGUUUUUGGAAGAUCUACUCAAUUUGAGGAUUUUUCUACAUAGAGAGAAAAUUCUGGGUAUUCAGCCCAUGAGGGUUAAUCUUCGCAAGAGCUCCAUUGGAAUGAAAAGGAGUUGAAUCAAAGCAGUGUCUUUUGCAGUGGUGCUGGCAGAGAAGAAAAGUCUUGCAGGAUUGUGCCAUGUGUUAUUUUAAUCAUUGUCUUUCUUCACAAUCCUCUGUUGUGCUUUUAGAGACAUCAUUGAAUAUUGCAUAACCUUUUAAAGGCCACUUGAAGAUGUGUUUCAGUAUUUUGAGUUUGUCUUUUUCUGCUAUAUAAGAUGCAGAAAUUAGCUUAAGUAUUUUAGAUUUGUGGUAAUUACAGUCAAUGAAGUUACAGUUAUGGGGGGAUAAAAGGUCAUGUGUCAAGUCAGUCAUCUUCAGCAGCAGUUUUUAUAGGACGUCAAGCCUUCUUUUAAUCAUAGACAUCAGAGAUUUGAACUGGGCAUCUUCUGCAUGCAAUGCCACUGAUCUAUGGACCCUCAUACAAAUUUAAUUUAAUUGCUUAUUGAAAUGUGCACUCAUGAUUGGGCACCAUAAUGAUGGAAAAUGUCUCCUGCAAGGGUGGUAGGUACCCUUGGGCCCUCACUGGCCCCCAGACCCUCUGAAGGACUGGAGAGUGUUGUUGGCCAUGGAUAGGAAACAGGAAUGAUUUAAUGACUAGUGCUAUAUACAUUUUGCCAUUCUUUGUCUGAGUUACAGAAAUAAUAACAGCUGCAAGAUCAUGCAUUACUUAAAAUGUCUUGUUAUUUUAAAGCAAGUUUCUUUCUCUCAUGAGAAGUGCUGAAGGUUGAGUGCAUGAGCAAGAUUUUCAGAUUCCAUAGAAUUCAGAUCAUAGAAUCAUAGUCAUGUGGACUGUUCUUCAUGGCAAAUCUUUGGCAGAUUUGUCCUGUAAAGGGCUUGUAAGAUCAGCCAUGAAUUCAUGUUUGUUCUUCUGGUGCUUUGUUUUAAUCUAGUCAAAGGCCAAUUGAUCUCUUUAAAGCAGGGGUUCCUAAACUUUUUGCUCCCACACACCUCCCUUUACUGUAAUCUUAAUGUACACACCUCCCCUUAAAAUCCAAACACCAAAAUUUAGUCCCGCCUUAGACAUGAAAGCCGGCUGGGUGACCUUGGGCCAAUCACCCUCUCUCAGCCCAACUCACCUCACAGGGUUGUUGUUGUGGGAAAGAUAGGAGGAGGA